GCACUGUCAACUGCAAAACUUCCUUCAGGAAUUGUUCUGCUGACCCACAAAACUUUUGGAAUAUGAUAUCGAUGAUCACAGUAGUUCUAGAUUCGGGAUGCAAAGAGGAUCCUGGAGUUUGAGCCUAGAGGAACUACUUCCUUAGUCCAAACACCAAAGGUGUUUGUGGAACUCCCUCUUCAUUCUCUUUAACUUGAUGAGUACUACUGUGAUUUUUCAAGAUCAACUCUAGGAUUCAUUUUGCUGUUGAUUCCUUGGUUGUUUGGGUGUCCAAGUGUUUUUGCCCAGAGGGGAAUUUGAACCAAUCCAAAGACACCUUAGGCAACUCCUCCUUCAAGUGAAGCAAAGCUUCUCCUGUCUACUGUAUGGUGUGAAGUCGUGAACAUGGAUUUUUCACGUCUCCAUAUGUACACACCUCCUCAGUGUGUGCCAGAGAACACUGGCUAUACGUAUGCACUCAGUUCAAGCUAUUCUUCUGAAGCUCUGAAUUUUGAGACUGAACACAAAUUGGAUCCAGUGUUUGAUUCUCCAAGAAUGUCCCGGCGCAGCUUGCGGUUGGUCACUACAGCAAACAUCAGCAAUAGCGGCCAAACAGAAAACGUUCAUUCUUUUGCUGAAGACGCGACCUCUUUACAAGACAGAGCUUCCAAAACAGUAAAGCAGCGCAGAGGAGUAAGCAAGCAGACUGUCAUAAAUAACAUUCCAAGAAAAGCUGCCUCCAAUUCCUCUUCCUUUCGCAGUCAGAAUAACUUCACUAGUCAAGCUAGUGAUGCGUCUUUGAAAUCCAGUGUACUGGAUGAGUCUUUGAUUCGUGAGCAGACCAAGGUUGACCAUCUCUGGGGUCUUGAUGAUGAUACUGAUUUUAAAGGCGGGAGCAAAACAACAAUUCAAGAAAAUGGUGAUUUGGCAGUAAGAGAAACAACUACGAUCAAUGGCUAUAUCUGCAAUGCUUGCAGCAUGCUUUCCGAGCGAAAGGAUGCCCUCACAAUGUAUUCUGCAUCUCAUGGACCAUCAUCAAGAAUUUAUUCUAGAGAUAGAAGUCAAAAACGCGGUGCAACUUUCCACAUGAAUAGGAUUUUACGACUGGCCAAGUGCACUGCAACAACUUUAACAUCAUUGCUAUUUCAACUUUUUCAAGUUGUUUUUCUGAAGCUGGGUUACGAUUCGGGAAGUUACAAAUUUAAAAGUUUCCAAUCAAAUGAUUACGAAUCAAAAAGUUAUGACUUGAAAAGCCAUGAAUCGAAAGCUUUUUCAAAUUACUGUGGAAGUGUAAAUGUAAAAGAAAUUCUCAGAGAGGAUGGCCACCUCAGUGUAAAUGGAGAAUCAUUACGUGAUGACUGUAAGGGGAAGAAACAUCUCGAUACACAUACAUCAGUCCACAUGCAAUCUUCAAGGUCAAAAAGGGUAGCCAGGACCAUUUGGCACAUCUUUUCUUUUGCAGGUUCCUUUUUGAUGCAAACACUGCAUAGGAUUGGAGCUGCAGGGUGGUAUGUGUCCAAGAAGGUGUUAUCGUUUCUGUGGUUGGCCAUUGUCUCUCCAGGGAAGGCAGCCUCUGGAACAUUCUGGUGGCUAGGAACCGGGUGGUACCAAUUCGUUACUUUGGUUUCUUGGCUGAACGUGUUUCUUCUUACAAGAUGCCUUCGAAAAGUUUGCAGGUUGUUUCUGUUGCUCAUCCCCCUGUUACUCUUACUAGGUCUUGGUCUGUCGCUGUGGGACCAGGGAGGUUUCCGUUCAUUCUUGCCUGUAUUUAAUUGGAAAAACAUGUAUAGACCACAAAUGGUGAAUGAUGAGUCCAGACCCUUUUUCAAGCCUCAGACCGAUUCUUCUCAUCUUAAUCAGCCUCCAGAGGGUGACACAAAAUUAUUUGAUUGGCAUCGAAUGGGUGAGAUAGAAAGGCAAAUGACCUUUCUAUCUGAGAGAUGUCACAACUAUGAUGAAGAAUAUGGAAAAGUGACUCUGCUGCUUCAGAAACUGCAGACCAGAGUAGAUCAGAUGGAUGAUAAAAGUGGAUCAUUGUCAUUGAUUAAAAAUAUAGUGGAGCAGCAUCUAAAAGAAAUGAAAUUGGCUGGAUCGUCAGACUCGAAGACUGAUUAUAUGGCUUUCUACAAAGACCAUGAAUUGCGUAUUUUGAAGUUGGAAGACCUCCUUGGAGAAAUAUCAGAAAAAUCUGAGGUAAUUCAGAAGGAACUAGAACAGACCAAAUCGAGAACAAUUAGUGAAGGUUACGAACAUCAGGACCUCCUUUCCAAGAUUAAACAUUUUGAACUAGAGCUGGCCCAUAUGAAAUCUGAAUUGUUAACUUGGCAGGGCCUGAAGACCAGCUGUGAAAAAAUAGAAACCAUGCACACAAGAGUCGAUUCCCAGGUCAAAGAAACCAUCAAGCUUAUGUUUUCUGGUGAUCAGCAAGAUGGCUCUCUUGAAUGGCUGCUACAGUGGCUUUCUUCCAAAUUUGUAAGCAAAAGUGACUUACAGACUUUAUUACAAGACUUGGAGCUGCAAAUUCUGAAGAACAUUAGUCUUCACAUGUCUUUGACAAAACAGAUGCCAACCUCAGAAACAGUGAUAACUGCUGUGAGCAGCGUUGGGAUUUCUGGCAUAACAGAAGCGCAAGCACAUACAAUUGUAAAUAAUGCUCUGAAGCUCUAUUCUCAAGACAAAACUGGCAUGGUGGACUUUGCUUUGGAAUCUGGAGGUGGUAGUAUUCUGAGUACUCGCUGUUCUGAGACAUAUGAAACCAAAACCGCGUUAAUAAGUCUCUUUGGAAUUCCUUUGUGGUAUUUCUCACAGUCUCCCCGGGUGGUGAUUCAGCCCGACAUACAUCCAGGGAACUGCUGGGCAUUUAAAGGAUCCCAGGGAUAUCUUGUUGUUAGACUGUCUAUGAUGAUUUACCCAACAGCUUUUACGCUAGAACAUAUACCAAAGACACUUUCACCAACCGGCAACAUCACCAGUGCUCCUAAAGCUUUCUCAGUAUAUGGAUUAGAAAAUGAAUAUCAGGAAGAAGGACUGCUUCUAGGACAAUUUACUUACAAUCAAGCCGGAGAAUCACUUCAGAUGUUUCAAGCAGCGAAAAAACCUGAGAAGGCUUUCCAGAUAGUGGAGCUUAGGAUUUCUUCGAACUGGGGCCAUCCUGAAUACACGUGUCUGUAUCGGUUCAGAGUGCACGGAGAACCUAUCAAGUAAAAAAACACUCCCUCUCUUUGGACAUUUUUGUAUAUAUCGGACACCCUGAAACACUGGAACCCCUCCAAAAUGAAGGUACAUCCUACUGCGGGAUAAAAUUAUCCUUAUUAAAGUUCAAAAGCUGUCAGCUUGAUGGUCAACUUUGUAUUUUAAAUGUUCAUAGCGAGAAACUGCAUGAUGAACACUCUGCUUCACAGAGCUAAGUAGCCAAACAGGUGAUAUAUGUUGUAUUCCAUUGGAAUGUACAGUUAGCCAACUACUCGUUUUGUUCUUGGGAUCUGUUUAUAGCAUAAAACCUCAUCUAUAUACUACGUUUGUGUGGCACCAGAAGUCAAGGCAGGUGAAACGGUCACCUUCAGUUUGGUUUUGCUCCUUUCCGUUUGUCUCGUAAGGACUAUUUUGGCAGAUGACUUCUCAUCUGUUCAAUUGUACACAGGUUACUGUCAGGGAAAAAAAACGCAACCAAAACGUCUUUAAGCACCAGAGGCCUAAAACUUGGCUACUUUAAAGAAUUGCCUUAACCCCAAAGCCAGUGGUUAUUUUAAAUUGGGUGGGGGAAGGAAUCCUUUUAUUUUGUUCUCCUGGAUAACUUGCCCUUAUUUGUCAGUCAGCGAGACGAAGAGACUAUUGGACUUUUACUGGACAAUAAGUGUGUGCAAGGGGGAAGGGGGCUUGUUUUUUCAACACUGACUUGAGAGUUUGGUUGUAAGACUAACCCAGAUGUAGAUCUACACAAGCAGUCUCUGUAGUUAAAAAUCAAUGAUUUCUCAGGUUUGAAUUGUGCUCAUCCUGCUUAAGUUAAAUUAAGGUUACUCUAGGGUUUGCUUUGGGUGAAAUUCUGCUGCAAAAGACGACACUAAUGUGUACCAAACUCUUUCAAAGGCAAAGGCAGCAUGUUUAUUCCACUAUGUUGUUAGCAGUGCUGUUGAUAAUGUGCUCUCUCAAGUGGCUCAUUUAGCUGCGAAUGAACUUUCUGGUCAUUGUUCUUUCCUUCAGCAAGCAUUUUCUUACCCGGAUAGAAUUGGGAGUUGCAUCGUAUUAUGCCUGCAUGCACCGCUUUCACGUGUCCGAUCCUUAGAGGCUUUUUUGGUUAUUGUCAAUAUUUAAUAUUUUGAAUAUUUUACUGAAAAAUCUUUAUAAACAAGACAUCUGCAAGGCAUUUUGUGAGCAGAUAUUUUAUCUUAAAAAUUGUAUUAGAUUUUAUUGGGUCGAAAAUUUUAGGUGUACCAUAAAUGUUGUUUUCCGAAAAAAAAAAAUGAAACGAUGGUGCUGCUUUUCUGAAUAGAGUUUUAUGUAUAUUGCACAACAGUCCUCAAACAUGACAGUGCUUGACAAAAAGCCCCAUGAAUUAGCAUUGUUUGCUGUCUUGACAGGAGUGGAACUAAUGCCUAUGCAGAGAAGUUGGAUACAUGUACAUUUAUUUCAUAUAUUUUAGGUUAAAUAUUUAAACUGAAAUUAUCCUGUAUAAAUCUAAAUUUGGGGAUGGACAUAUUUUGAAUACUAAUUUAUUUUUUAAAAUGCAAGAUAGGACUUUGUGCAAUGUAUUUUUGUAAAUGCUUUUCAAAAUAACUGUCUCUAGUGUUUCUUUUGCCGCCUCCAAAUUGACAAGACGCUACGGAGAUGUUUAAAUAAAGAGUUUUAAUUUUUGAAAGUGCAUGUAAUGUUUCAAGCAUAAUAAACAGCAUAUUUCUUUUCCGAA